AUGGACAAUUUUUUUUGCCGACAUAUCUCUAAUUUGCUCCCCUAGACUACUUAUUUCCCCAAAACCUCACUCGCCAGAAAGCUCCCACCAUUAUAGCACAAAGAUCCAAACAGGCGCAAAAAAAAAAAAAAAAAAAAACAAAGACAAAAACAAAACAAAAACAAUCAUUUCUUCCAUUUUCUCACUAUUUUUGAUGACUGCUCUUUUCCAUCGCUGAAAGAGAAGGUCAAGGAUAAGCUGAAAUCAUCGAUUUGCUGUUUCCGUAUGAUGGAUAACGGCAAGGCAACAAUGAUAGACCUGGACGAGUUGAAGCUGAGGAUGCCGCAGUCGCUGUACACUUGGCUUAAAUUGACGGCGCAUGAACUGGAGAUCAAGGACAAGCGCAAGAAUCUGAUCGGCAGAAUCGGGAAGCAAGGAGGUCACAGGCAGCACGGUUCGUCCGAUUUCAACAACGAUCCUUUGAGCUACAGGCUGAACUUUGAGGAUGAAGCGAGCUGGGCAAACGAGAUGCCGGUUAUUAGCUUCUCAUCCCGACUUCGUUCCUCACCGGAGCGGAUCAUUGAGACCGACUGCAAAAACGAGCCUUCUGUGUUGGCAAUGAGGUAGAUCGUUCUGUAUUGCUGACGGGCACAGAUUCAUUCGAUUUAUUCAACUAAUAAAAAAAAAAUUCAGAAAUUUGGAGGAAUAUUGUAAUCAUCGGAUCGGACAUCGGAAUAAAGAAUGACUUUAUUCUAGAUUUUUGGGUGAGUUUUUGGGGAAAUAAAGAUUGUCUUCGUGAAUGGCAGGGGCUUUCCAGUGCGUGAGGUUUUGGGGAAAUAAGUAGUCCAAGUGAGC